UAAAUACCAUGCCGGCCUGGACCAAAGGUUGGUGCAGGGUCGAAGAGACCAUCAACUAGGUCGCCUGACCAUGAAAGGGUCUCUGAGUCUCCAUCCUCUCUAGCCUGCCUAGGGCUGGACCAGUUUGGCACCGCUAGAUAUUAGCUAGCUAGCAUCGGUUCAUAAGGGGGUGUGAAGGCCAGAGGGAGCCCAGGCCAGCAAGGAGACCUCAGAUACCAAGAAGAACGGAAGGUGAAGAAGCUCAUCAAGAUCGCUGAUGGAAGACGGCAGGGCUUUGAGGAGGAUGUCUAUCCCUACCCGCAGAAGCAGAUCUGCCGAUUUCCACAAUUUUUCAGAAAGGAGGAGACGGGAUAAGAUCAACGAGAAGCUCAAGGCACUGCAAGAGCUACUUCCAAACUGCACCAAGGUCCACACGGACAAGGUGUCAAUGCUAGACGAAGCGAUCGACUACCUGAAAUCGCUCCAGCUGCAACUCCAGAUGCUAGUGAUGGGGAAAGGGAUGGCGCCUGUGGUGCCUCCGGAGCUGCAGCAGUACAUGCACUAUAUCACCACGGAUCCCGCUGCCCAGUUGAUGCAGAUGCCUCCCUCGGAGCCGCCGCAGCCGUUCCAGAUCACGCACGCCAACCCACCGCAGCGGGAGUCGGAUUUCCUCAGCCAGAUGCAGAACCACCUGCACCCCUCCGACCAGCCUCAGAUCAACUUCCUCAGGCCGCCUAAACUGCAGCUCUACACCCCGGAACAGAGGGGAGUUGUAGGCAGCAGCAGUGGGCACAACGGCGGCUGGAUCCCGGAGAGGAAUUCCUCCUACAACUUUAUGGAGUGAUGAGCAUCGUCUGCGUGAGUCACUGAUGAAGAGAUCAAUUGUAAGCAGUUUGCUAGCUAGUCCGAGAGAUUGUUUCUCGUCUAUGAGAAGUACCCAAGGGGAGUGAUGAAUGUGAUGUACGUAGUUAACUUGCUAGAUGUGUUUAAUUUCAUCAAAUAAAAGAGGCUGUAUGAUCUUGCUUGCUC